GCUCCCUACUGACUCCUCAUCACCAGGCAGGGUAUAAAUUGACAGCUCAGUCCCAAAGCAAGCACCCAGCCAAAUUAUUCACAUCAAGCAGCUCUCCAGUGCUGACCAGAACCUAGCCUGCCAUCAUGUGUGACGAUGAGGAGACUACCGCCCUUGUGUGCGACAACGGAUCAGGGUUGGUAAAGGCUGGGUUCGCUGGGGAUGACGCCCCACGUGCUGUGUUCCCCUCCAUCGUUGGUCGCCCUCGUCACCAGGGUGUCAUGGUGGGUAUGGGUCAGAAAGACUCCUACGUAGGUGAUGAAGCUCAAAGCAAGAGAGGUAUCUUGACCCUUAAGUACCCAAUUGAACACGGUAUCAUCACCAACUGGGAUGACAUGGAGAAGAUCUGGCACCACACCUUCUACAAUGAGUUGCGUGUGGCCCCUGAAGAGCACCCCACCCUGCUCACUGAGGCCCCACUGAACCCCAAAGCCAACCGUGAAAAGAUGACCCAGAUCAUGUUUGAGACCUUCAACGUCCCAGCCAUGUAUGUCGCCAUUCAGGCUGUGCUGUCCCUGUACGCUUCUGGUCGUACCACAGGUAUUGUUCUGGACUCUGGUGAUGGUGUCACACACAAUGUCCCCAUCUAUGAAGGGUACGCCCUUCCUCAUGCCAUCAUGCGUCUGGAUUUGGCCGGUAGAGAUCUCACAGAUUACCUCAUGAAGAUCCUGACUGAGCGUGGCUACUCCUUCGUGACCACAGCUGAGCGUGAAAUUGUCCGUGACAUCAAGGAGAAGCUGUGCUAUGUAGCUCUGGACUUUGAGAAUGAAAUGGCAACCGCUGCUUCCUCUUCUUCCCUGGAGAAGAGCUAUGAGCUUCCCGACGGUCAGGUCAUCACCAUUGGAAAUGAAAGGUUCCGUUGCCCAGAGACUCUCUUCCAGCCUUCAUUCAUUGGUAUGGAAUCUGCCGGUAUCCAUGAAACCACCUACAACAGCAUCAUGAAAUGCGACAUUGACAUCCGUAAGGACCUGUACGCCAACAACGUCCUCUCCGGUGGUACCACCAUGUACCCUGGUAUAGCUGACAGAAUGCAGAAAGAAAUCACAGCACUGGCUCCCAGCACCAUGAAAAUCAAGAUCAUUGCCCCACCUGAGCGUAAAUACUCCGUAUGGAUUGGAGGCUCCAUCCUGGCCUCUCUGUCCACCUUCCAGCAGAUGUGGAUCAGCAAACAAGAGUACGAUGAGGCAGGUCCCUCCAUUGUGCACAGGAAGUGCUUCUAAAAAAAAUCAGCCCAACACUCCAUCCAAAAUGUACAGAGAAUCGACAGUUCGAACCAGCAAAAUAUGGGCAGCCACUGUACAGUUUGUUUACACUACAUCAUAUUUAUUACUUUAUAAAUAAAACACAUGAGGUUAUUAAGUC